ACAAUGGUCAAAUUGCCCCACUGCCGCUGAUGUUAACAAGCCACAGUACGGAUGAGUUGUACUCUCGAUUGUUUAUCUUGAAUACAUUCUCUAACCUCUUGUCGUGGAUAAUACAUUUAAGCGAAUAUACAUUACGAAACUACAUCGGAUGAACUUACUCUUUUACUGCUUUUGUUACUCGGAUAACGGUCUUGAGUCGCGAGGGGGAAAUUGUCGGCCAUUUAACCCUUUUACAACACGGAUUUUCCCUGGUUGGUGGAAUCUACCUGCAUGGAGCUGCCACCACCCGAGUGAGGGAUCAGAACCCACCUAUGAGACAGUAGAUGUCCAAGUGAGUAUCCCGAACGUGACCGAGGUCAGCACCGGGUCAAGGGCCGUGCAGCAGGUCAACAUGUUCGAGGGCAGCCGGACGCCCCUCCGCGUGUACCGCUGGGCCAUGCGGGUGAGCGAGGUCAUCGGGCGGGCCAUGUGGACCAACGAGGAGGUCAAGGCGCUGUGGCAGAGGCGGAGGGACUUCGACGCCAUCGUGGUCAUCGGCUACGCGAACGAGGUCGCCUACCCCUUCCUGCUGGACUUCGAGGGCCUCCACGUCAGCCUCUGCACGCCGGGGGUCGAGUACCUGCAGGUGGCGCAGCUGGGGAACCGCCUACCGCUGUCCGUCGUGCCCGCCAUCUUCCUGCCCUUCGACGAGAACAUGAGCUUCCUCGAGAGGCUGGUGAACCCUCUGGCGCAGCUCCUCACCCACUACCUGUACAAGUUCAUGGUUCUCCCGACGGCGCAGAGGGUCGUCGAGGAGUUCUUCCCCGGGAUACCGCCCUUGGAGGACCUCUCCCAGGGCAGCCAGUUGACCCUCAUCAAUGGGCACUUCGCGCUGGACACUCCGGUGCCACUCUUGCCCAACCAGGUCGAGAUUGGCACCAUCAACGCGAGGGAGCCCCAGCCGUUGCCUGAGGACCUUGCGAAGUUCGUGGAGGAGUCUGGAGAUGCUGGCGUCAUCUACUUCAGCCUCGGAAGCAUCGGCCGGAGUUCCGACAUGCCAAAGAAGUACAAGGACAUCCUUGUGGAGGCUUUCCGUUCACUGCCGCAACGGAUCGUGUGGAAAUACGAAGGACACGACCUGGAGCUGCCGCCCAAUGUUCUGACAAGACCCUGGCUCCCUCAGCAGGAUAUCUUGGGCCACCCCAAGACGCGGCUCUUCAUCUCCCACUGCGGGAACCUUGGCACUCAGGAGGCCAAGUACCACGGCGUCCCCAUCCUCGGAGUGCCACUUACCUUUGACCAGCAUCGCAACGCCGCCCGCCUCGCCAGGAAGGGCUGUGGCACCGUGCUCAACUGGGAGGAUCUCAGCCUUACGAGCAUUGUCGAUAAGGUUGAUAUGCUCCUUAAGGAUGACAGCUACAGGGCGUGCAUGCGGGCGAUCUCGGGUGCCCUGCGCGACCAGAAGGAGAGCCCCGGCGAGCGCGCGGUCAGGUGGGUGGAGUACCUGAUCCGCCACAGGAAUUCCACCCUUCUGAAAUACCCGGGCGAGAGGCUGCACUACCUCCAGUACGCCAUGGUGGACGUGUGGGCGGUGUGGGCGGCUGUGCUCGUGCUGUGGGUGUGGGCGGCGUGGACUUGCGUGAGGGUGGGCUGUUGGAGGUGGAGGAAGGAGAAGAGAGAAUGAGCGAGAAGAGGGAGAGCGGGAAAGCGAGUUUAUUGUUAUAAUUGUUUUUAUUGUUGUUGUAAUUAUUAUCAUUAUGUGUUUCCAUCGGCGAUACUAUUAUUAUUACAAUUUUCAUCAUCAUCAUUAUCACUUGGAUCAUUAUUAUUGUACAUCAAACUGAUUUACAGGAAUAUUAAAAUAACACGAUGAAAUAAGAUUUAUUAAGCAAGGAUUUCAACCUGUAAGAAGUGUCAUAUUCCGUAUUGUAAACAUACAAUAUUUAUUUAUUCACUGACUGUAAUAAAUACGUAAUCAAGACAAUAA